CAGGAACUGGCCAGGAGCGAGCGUCUGAAGGAAUCUCCAAACUUUUUUUUUUUUUUGGGGCAGUUUUUGUUAACAUUGUUUCGCCUCGUUUCCAGUUUCUAUCGAGGAGAAAACAGCGACUGGGUCUCGUCGGCGAUGAAGUGACGGCGAGGGGCCUGCGGAAAGGAAACAUGAGAGGGGGGAAAGUUGUGGAAUGAUGCCCGAGCGAGCUCCAUCCCUCCCUCCAAACUUCUGCUAAGGUGGCUAAAGCUUCCAGUGUGCCAGUCUACAAGGAAGUGGAGGUUUACAUCCACUACGACUAAAUAACGAGUCCUGCAAUGAAGGUGACAGUCACGUUUGGGCAGACAGGUGUGGUCGUGCCCUGCAAGGAGGGAUGGACGGUGAGGGAUCUCAUCCAACAAGCCACACAGAGAUACAGAAAACUCCUGGAACAGGAAGGGGAAUUCCAUGUACGGACACACCAUGUUGAAUACUGUGAUGGGGGGAUUCUGGACCCUGAUGACAUACUUAGCGAUCUAGUCGAGGACAAGGACAAGCUGAUGGCUGUGUAUGAGGAACAGGAAGCCCAGGAGAGGGACGCAGCCAACACAAGCCCCGCCCCCACCCCUGACCGCUACCAGUCUGAGCUGUCGGUCUUCCAGCCAAUCGCAGGCGGAGAGAUAGAAGUCAAUUCAUCCGCUCUCAAAUCAAACACCCCCCUGCUGGUGAGAAGCAGCAGUGAUUCAGCACUCGGAGCUCAGUCAGCAAAGUUCCACCCGUCCAGCCACGAAGACGCCUCUGUGAUUGCAGGGAGUCCCACUGUUGAGAAACCUGAGGUCAAACAUGCUUUCAACGACAGCUUGACGAGAACAGUGGAGAUCUUGGGAGGAGACUGUCCACUGGGCAUCCACGUGGUUCCCUACUGCUCAUCUCUCAGCGGACGGUCCCUUGGUUUGUACAUCCGUGGAGUAGAGGAAGACAGUCGCUCCAGUAAAGAGGGUUUGUUUCAAGAAGACGAGUGCAUCGUAAAGAUCAACAACACCGACCUCAUGGACAAGACAUUCAGCCAAGCUCAAGAAAUCUUUCGGCAGGCGAUGCACUCUCAGGUUGUUUCCGUGGAAGUGCUCCACUCAUCCAACAGGGAACGCUUUGAAAAGAGCCUCAUAGGUCAGCUGUUUGGCAACAGCGCGGGUCCUGACAGCAGUCCCCGAAUCCCCCAGACCAAAGAACCGCCCCCGCCUGUCAAAGCCAAACCUGUGUUCAGGCACCCUGAGAGAGUGGCCGAAAACGCCGCCACUUUGGAUGAUGCUAGUUCGAAAGGGAGGAGUGAGCAUUCACUUCCAGAGAAAAGUCCCACUCUGUCCAGCCUGAUGGUCAAUAAGACAGGAGGACGCAGAUUAAGAAUUGACCUCAAGAAAGGUUCGGAGGGUCUUGGAUUUACAGUCGUAACCAGAGAUUCAUCAGUCCACGGUCCUGGUCCAAUUCUUGUCAAAAAUAUUCUACCCCGCGGGGCCGCUGUUAAAGAUGGACGCCUGCAGUCAGGAGACCGCAUAUUAGAGGUAAAUGGCGUGGAUACAACAGGCGUGGGUCAGGAGGAGCUGGUGUGCAUGCUGCGCAGCACGCGUCACGGGGAGAGUGUGUGUCUUGUGGUUCUACGGCAAGAAGAUAUAUUUCUGCCCCGCGAUAUGAGGGACGAUUGGUCGCGCGAGUCGAGCCUAAUUUUGGAGAACGGGAAAGAACAGCUGAUGUUCGAGGUGGCCCUCAAUGACACCGGCUCAGCAGGGCUGGGCGUCAGCCUCAAAGGAAACAAGUCGAGGGAAACCGGGGAGGACCUGGGAAUUUUCAUCAAAUCCAUUAUUCACGGCGGGGCUGCUUACAAGGAUGGACGUCUGUGUGUCAAUGACCAGCUGGUAGCGGUGAACGGCGCAUCUCUGCUCGGACACUCCAACCAUGUUGCCAUGGAGACACUCCGGCGUUCAAUGUCACAUGAGGGAAACGCAAGAGGGACCAUCCAACUUGUGGUGAUGAGACUUCUGAAGACACAACGUGGCGUUUCCCCAAAUUGCACAUUGGACCACUCCCCUAUCGUGGCUGAUCUCCUGAACCAAAGGAAUGGUCCUGCGGGACUGCUUUGUCAGACGAAUGAUCAACCGGGCAACAGCUCCUUUCAUACACUCGAGGGAACACAUACGUCUUCUCUCAUGGACGAAGAGACCGAGCAUGACACGGAAUCAAGAGGCUUUGCGAAUUUCUCCUACCUACAGGAAAGGGAAAGCCCGGCACACCAGUUUCCAUCCCAGUAUGGCAACCAGCAGCAGUUCCAGCAUGUCAAAGCCUCAAAGAGUAUGGACUUGGGCACGACUUCGGACCAAACGCAGACCGUUGCAGAUGAGAGCGCUGUAGGAUCCAUGGCUGGUCACACAUCAGAUCAACCGAGCGCCGACGGACUCGGCCCUUCUCUCGGCUUGAAGAAGUCCUGUUCGUUGGAGAGUCUGCAGACGGCUAUGUCAGAGGUCAGCAGGAAAAGCGAGCUCCUGCCUUUCCACCGUCCUCGGCCGAAUAUGAUCCGAGGGAGGGGUUGCAACGAGAGCUUCAGGGCGGCGAUUGACAAAUCCUACGAUGGGCCGCCUGAAGAUGAUGACGACGCAUCGGAGCAGAGUUCGGGACGGGAAACGCCGGCAAGCAGCUCAUCGCGCCAAGGAGCGGGGGACCUAAUGGAGGAAAAGACAAAAGCCGACAAGAAAAAGAAAGUGAAAGUAAAGAAGAAGGACAAGAACAAAGUCAAAGGAAAAGAAAAAGAGAAGAAAAAAUCGGAGGAGUCCGAGGAGACCGAGAAGAAGUCGAAGAAAAUAGGUUUCAGCCUGUUGAGAUUUGGAAAGAAAAAGGAGGACAAGAAGGAGGCCAAGACAGCUUUGCAGUGUCAGAAGUCUGACAUUCGGAGUCAUCUGGAACUGGAAAGGAUGAAGGAAGAGCGGGAAAGAGUUGGAGCCACCAUGACGGAGCUGAGCGAGCACAACUGCAGAGACCAGCAAGUGGAAAGUGGCAGACCCUCAUAUGCGGAUGUGGAAGAUGAUGACGCGGACCCCAACUAUGCCCGAAUACAGUCCUUUAAGGACCGCGACAGGGUUUCACCGCCACAGCCUCAGUCACAUCACCAUGGUAUCGUUCAGCAUGGCCCGGUCAGGACCCCUUCUCCUCAGAUCCCGUCCAACUUCCAAGGACAGACCAACCGUAGUCAUGACCCCGGAGCCAUAGCUGAUGAAGACCACAUUGAUGGCCUUUAUGCCAAGGUCAACAAACCGAAAGGAGCUGGGACGACAUCAGCGGCUCUGUCUGCAUCGUCCAAUGACAGCAAUAUGGACAGAAUCCAGCAGCUAAGAAAAGAAUACCAACAGGCCAAGAGGGAGGGAAUGGUGCCCGCCUAUGAAGAACUGGAUCUGCGGCGUAGAAGGCCUGACAAGGACAGGAUUGCAGGCAGAGGGACGGAUCAGCGAAUGGUGCCACAGUAUGAAGAGGCUGAGCGUCAGUAUGCCUCUCUGCCAAGACGAGGUCCAUUGGAUCCAGCUGAGUACACCAUGCAUCCCUGGUCAGGUCAUUAUCUGGGGUCUCCACAAGGUUACCAGCAGGCCCCGUCCUACCCUAACCCCAACUCUCAGUCCCCUCCGUCCUUCCCCAGCUACCCCCCAGGCCAGCCGCUUUCACGGCCAGGGGACCCUCGGGGAGUUGACUCCGGUUUUUACCCCCACCCGAGCUCCCAGCAGAGAGGACCCUUGAGGCAGGAUGUGCCCCCGUCACCUACCCCUCCGCUCCGGGGACUACGGUACGACACCAUGACCCGCAGCGCUGCUGGGGGCGGAGCCUACAGGCACCUUGUGGACUCCGGUCCUGACCAGUACGGCUACAACGGCGAGGGCGGGAGACACCAAACCAACCCCAGACAGAAGAAUGCCAUGACUGCAGCUGUGUGAAACCCCGCCCACAGGAAGUGAAAACUAUCGGUUACAAUGACGAUACGCUGAGAAAGGAAUCGAACGUGGUACUGGUGGAACUCAAAUCAGCGUCGGUAUCAAAGAGAGGUUCAUUUGUGUCUUUAACUGAAUUGUUUGUGUUUAAAUUCUGUUUUGUUUAGUUUUUUUACAUCAAAUUCUGCUGACAAUUUCAAUGGAAAAACUGCAGGGAUUUGAAAUUCACUGUACAAAAAUUCAGUGUCAAAAAAAAUUAGGGUAUAAAAAUUCAGUGUAAUAAAAUUUCAGUGUAAAAUAAAAAAAUUGUGUAUGAAAAUUCAGUGUAAAAAAAUAUUUGCUGCUUCAAAAAGCAAGACUCGAAAUUUGGUGUAUAAAAAUACUGUGUAAAAAAAAUUCAGUAUAUAAAAAUUUGUUGUAAAAACAAAUUCAGUGUAAAACGAUUAGUGCAUCAAAAUUUAGUGUAUGAAAAAUAAUCAGGGUAUAAGAUUGAGUGUAAAAAAAAUAGUAUAUAAAAAUUUUGUGUAAAAAAAAAUCAGUGUAUAUGAUUGAGUUUAAUAAAUAUAUGAUUGAGUGUAAUAAAAACAGAGUAUAAAAAUUCAGUGUAAAAAAAACAUUUGCUGCUUCAAAAAGCAAGACUCGAAAUUUGGUGUAUGAAAAUUCGGUGUAAAUAAAUUUAGUGUAUAAAAAUACUUGGUAAAAAAAUUCAGUGUAUAAAAAUUUGUUGUAAAAAAAAAUUCAGUGUAAAAAAAUUAGUGCAUCAAAAUUCAGUGUUUAAACAUUUGUUGUAAAAAAAAAAUCAGUGUAAAAAAAUUAGUGCAUCAAAAUUCAGUGGAAAAAAAUUUGUUGUAAAAAAAAUUCAGUGUAAAAAAAUUAGUGCAUCAAAAUUCAGUGUUUAAACAUUUGUUGUAAAAAAAAAAUCAGUGUAAAAAAAUUAGUGCAUCAAAAUUCAGUGGAAAAAAAUUUGUUGUAAAAAAAAUUCAGUGGAAAAAAAUUAGUGCAUCAAAAUUCAGUGUAUGAAAAAUAAUCAGGGUAUAAGAUUGAGUGUAAAAAAAACAGUGUAUAAAAAUUUAGUUUAAAAAAAAAUCAGGGUAUAAGAUUGAGUGUA